GUGAAGGAGGGAGCAGGUGGGGAACCGCACCUUGGCCUUGAGGGAAGUGGAAACUCGGAUCUCACUUUCGCCCGGACACUCAUUCUUCAUGCUUGCCCAAGAAAUGACCAGUCCUCUGCUCCUGCUGUUCACUCUCUCCCCACUCCUGUGCCAAACAGGUGUGUUGGCUCAGGAAGAGGAGUGUGACGAUGCUGCCAUGCGACGAUGUCGCCGUGAAGGUUUGGAAGCCAUAGAUGGGCGCAAGGACAAUGAUCCUUGCAAGACCAUUCGCAAGAACUUCGAUUGUCUUUUAUGGCAGACGUCGAUGUGUUUGGAUAAAGAUGAGCAAGAUGAGAACAGGGAAUCCAUCAUGAAAAUGUGGAGAUAUUUGCAAAGUUUCUGCGAAUCAGAAGGAAACUGGUACACGAAGAGUUGCUUCCAAAGGGAAGAUGUGAAAAGAUGUGAAGGACUUCUACCUGCAAGAGGUUACUCCAUAGACACCACUUCUUGCAGAGCUUUUUCAAGCUUCCGUGACUGCGUGUCCACAGUGGUGUUGGUAGACUGUUCAGCUUCAGACCGCAGACUCUUCGGAACUUACCUCAUGGAGAAAGGGCAGCAGAGAGCUUGGAACUGCCCGCGCAGCACAAGAUCUCCGAACAGCGCACCGUUAGCUGCCCAGGAUGUCACAGACAUAGGAUCUUACGGUUCGUGCUCAUUGGAUUCCCGUACUGAUUUGGAAGAGUGUCGAACGACCUUUUACUCAGCGCAAAGGGAGGCUCGAAAUAGAAACGACAGUGACAUGAGGCAUCAUGGAACAUGUUGUGCGCUAGUGCAUUACGAAGAAUGCGUAAAGAAAACCUUGAGGAGUUGGUGUGGCGACACCAGCAGAGCGAAAACAGAAGCCAGAAAUAUUAUUGCUGAUAUGAAGGAACGCUUUCCAAAUCACAGCUGCGAGGACCACACCGAGACAGAAUGUUCUUCAGCCCCAGUGAUGCUGGUUGUCGCUGGAUUACCUCUCAUCACCAUGCUGAUCCUCCUCUACGUACAAAGAUCUGUUCUCUAAAUCUCACCAUCUUUCCUGCAUUCUCAGCAUAGCAGUAAAGACAACCAUUCGUGGAUCAAGAGUUUUGUCCACAGAGCCGAGAUGUCUUAAGACAGUACAAUAUUAUUUUUUUGUGAAGUCUAACUAUAAAAAAUUUUAUGACUUCUUCUAUUGCAGGCCUGCAGUAGGAAUGCUUUUUUUCGUGGAUUAAUGAUUCCGUAAGAAAAAAAAAAGAAUCGUUUAUUCUCUUUUAUUGGGAGUUUAUUUUUGAAGCUCGAUAAACUUUAAUAAAACCCUUUGAAUAUGAGCUUUUAAAUAUUGCAUCCAUGCUACACUGUUUGUUGAAUAAACUCAUACUAACGGGGUUUUUUUUUUUUUUUCAUAAAAGAUUUGAAAAAUCACGAAGGAAAUUCUUCAGAUAUACAUUAAUAUACUAAUAUAAACCUUUAACGCCACGAAAGGUUAAUAAAACACUGGCAAAGUCACGUCUGUCUUGAUCGACAAAAUUAGAAUUUUUAAAAAACCUUCCAUUGGCAUUUUAUUAAUUCGUUUUAUUUUACAAAUAGAUGUAUUUUAUUAAAUAUCUUUUUGAUUGUCCUUAAUUCUUAUUUUGAUUCCCUGCUUAUACUGGAGAGCAGAAAAAGAUUCUUCGCUUGUGGCUAUGAUCGCAUUUUUUUUAAACUUGAAAUGGAGUCAUAACUGGAGAAAAUUGGAAAGUUUGCAAAAUGUUGGUGGUUAUAAGCUUCAUUUAAUCCUUUAAUUACAAUCUGAUUUAAUCCCUUAAGAACAAUUAUGACGACAAAUUAUUCAAAGGGAAUGUUUGGCAUCUUAUAUUUAUCAUUGUAAAUCUGUGUCUUAUAUAACAAAACAUUUUUUCGUGUAACAAGUGCAACGUCUCAUAAAUAAAAUAUUCUUAGUAAUAAA